UGACGGUUGAGGUUCUUGGCCAUACCUAAACAUCGAGGAGCUGCCGGGUAUAGAAAUCAAAGCCAUCCAGUCAGUACAUACAUCACAGCAACGUCUUAUGAUGAUUCAAACAAAGGGUAUUUCAAAACUAUUGAACGUAGGCCACUCGGGAUUCGUGCUUCGUUCGACAGGCAAUCAACUUCUUUCAACCUCCGCAAAUCCUACUCGAGGGCCAUCUCGUCCUAGCAAAGAAACUUCGGAACAAGCGGUUGGUGGGACGACGGAUGAUAUCGCCCAUAGCAAAGGUGCAUUUGACUCGGACGAAGCAAAUCCAGAGAAAAGUGCAUCCAAAAUUUCUGCUGGCGGGAUAAGCAUGGAGCAAUCGGCUGCCAACGAGGCAUCCUCGCUUUCAUCUCAAAAGACGCCUGUGAAGAAAAAAGCGCCAAACACACAGAAGUAACGAGAUCAUCGAGCGCGCCCCUCGAUUCGCUGACCAUCAUUCAACUGCGUCGGAAGGCCGAGCUUCCGAUUCUAACUCAGAUGCUAGCAUAUAACACAAUCAGCCUGGUAGUUUCGCCAUCCUAAACAAGACACAAAACAUCUGUAGCAAACAGCUGGUGUAGUUUUUAUUUUUUAUAGCAAAUUUGUAGCAAGCGAGGUGAUUUAUUUGCCAGCACUGUAUUUCCCCCAGUUCAGAAAAAUCAAGCUUGAACUUGAUAUGAAGUUGCACAAUUUUUUAUUGUAAAAACAAAUUAUUUCCUCAAUCAAAUCCAACAUUUCAGCGUAAUAGUCGACAUGAAUAUCUUCCAGACCAGUAGCAUACGUACUUGUUGGGAAAAAAGGACACAUCAGGUCAUCAAUUC